AGAGACCAUAGGGACCAAUGAGCAAAUCUGGAAAGUUCCAAUAAGAACCGAGUGAUAAAUACGGAGACGACGCUGGCGCCGUAACCUUGUUGCAUAUAUGCAUUCCAUUGUCGUUCUAGGGUUUUACUAAAAAUACCAAAAUUUCUCAAUUUUUAUUCUUUCGAUUCGGAUCCAGGUCCAUCCGAUCGACAAAGUUAGGUUUGUGAAUUGGAAGUGGAUGGGUACGGAUAGGAAGAGGAAGGUCAGCUUGUUUGACGUGGUAGACGAGACUUCUGUCUCCGCAAAGAUCGCAAAAUCUAACGGCGGCGGCGGAGCGGCAAUGAAUAAUAAUGGGAGCAGCAACAGUUUAAUAAAUAGUUGGAACGGGAAGCCUUAUUCACAGAGAUACUAUGAGAUAUUAGAGAAGAGGAAGACUCUGCCAGUUUGGCACCAAAAGGAGGAAUUCUUGUCGGUUUUGAAGAAAAAUCAGGUCCUUAUUCUUGUCGGCGAGACUGGUAGCGGUAAAACCACUCAGAUUCCUCAGUUUGUUUUGGAAGCAGUAGACAUAGAAACACCAGAUAAACGUAGAAAGAUGAUGAUUGCAUGCACCCAACCUCGUAGAGUUGCUGCCAUGUCUGUUUCUCGACGUGUUGCUGAGGAGAUGGAUGUUACUAUUGGUGAAGAGGUUGGUUAUAGUAUCCGUUUUGAAGACUGUAGCAGUGCAAAAACAGUUUUGAAGUACUUAACUGAUGGUAUGCUUUUAAGAGAAGCAAUGACUGAUCCACUUUUAGAACGAUACAAGGUAAUUAUCCUUGAUGAAGCUCAUGAAAGAACUUUGGCAACAGAUGUGCUAUUCGGGCUUCUUAAAGAAGUUUUGAGAAAUAGACCUGAUCUGAAGCUAGUUGUUAUGAGUGCAACACUAGAGGCUGAGAAGUUUCAGGGUUACUUUAAUGAUGCACCUUUGAUGAGGGUUCCUGGUAGGCUUCAUCCUGUGGAAAUUUUCUACACUCAAGAUCCCGAAAGGGAUUAUCUUGAGGCAGCAAUUCGGACAGUUGUUCAGAUACACAUGUGCGAACCUCUUGGAGACAUACUUGUUUUCCUCACAGGUGAGGAGGAGAUAGAAGAUGCAUGCCGUAAAAUAACAAAAGAGAUUUCAAAUAUGGGGGAUCAGGUAGGGCCAGUGAAAGUUGUGCCUCUAUAUUCAACUCUUCCUCCUGCCAUGCAGCAGAAAAUUUUUGAACCUGCUCCACCUCCUCUGAAUGAGGGUGGCCCUGCUGGAAGGAAGAUCGUGGUGUCAACAAACAUAGCAGAAACUUCUUUGACCAUAGAUGGCAUAGUUUAUGUUAUUGACCCAGGGUUUGCUAAGCAAAAGGUUUAUAACCCAAGAGUGCGUGUUGAAUCCUUGUUGGUGUCCCCAAUAUCAAAGGCAAGUGCUCACCAGAGGUCAGGGCGUGCUGGAAGAACUCAGCCAGGCAAAUGCUUCAGACUUUAUACAGAGAAAAGUUUUCAUCAAGAUCUUCAGCCACAGACAUAUCCAGAAAUACUGCGAUCAAACCUUGCAAAUACAGUCCUAACACUAAAAAAACUUGGAAUAGAUGACUUGGUGCAUUUUGAUUUUAUGGACCCUCCUGCUCCUGAGACUUUGAUGCGGGCAUUAGAGAUGCUAAAUUAUUUGGGAGCAUUAGAUGAUGAUGGGAACUUGACAAAGCUGGGAGAAAUUAUGAGCGAGUUUCCUUUAGAUCCUCAGAUGGCAAAGAUGCUGGUUGUCAGUCCUGAAUUCAACUGUUCAAAUGAGAUUCUAUCAGUUUCUGCAAUGCUUUCAGUACCCAAUUGCUUUGUCCGCCCUAGGGAGGCUCAAAAGGCUGCUGAUGAAGCAAAAGCUAGAUUUGGGCACAUUGAUGGGGACCACCUGACACUGUUGAAUGUCUACCACGCGUAUAAGCAGAACAAUGAAGAUCCAUCUUGGUGCUACGAGAAUUUUAUCAAUCAUCGAGCUCUCAAGGCUGCUGAUAAUGUCAGACAACAGCUUGUACGCAUUAUGACUAGGUUUAACCUAAAGUUAUGCAGCACUGACUUCAACAGCCGCGACUACUAUGUCAACAUAAGGAAGGCUAUGCUAGCUGGAUAUUUUAUGCAGGUUGCCCAUUUGGAACGCACUGGACAUUACCUGACAGUGAAGGACAAUCAAGUGGUGCACUUACAUCCAUCAAAUUGUCUGGAUCACAAGCCGGAGUGGGUUAUUUAUAGUGAAUAUGUCCUAACAAGCCGGAACUUCAUUCGGACAGUGACAGAUAUUCGUGGUGAAUGGCUAGUAGAUAUAGCACCACAUUACUAUGACUUGGACAACUUCCCAAAUUGUGAGGCCAAGCGUGUUCUCGAGAAGCUUUAUAAAAAGCGGGAGAGAGAGAAGGAAGAGAGCAAGAACAGAAAGUGAAAUAUGUUCAUUGUUUAAUGAGAUUUCUUCUCCGGGGGACAAAGUGAGAUGGUGCUUGUGAAAUAGCAUGGCAAACGCCUCUGUGAUCUCUCACUGGGUUUUCCUUCAGCUCCUUGUAGUUCUUGACAUAGUAGGUUUAGCCAUGCCAUCUUCAUUUUCUAUUGUACCCUUUGUCAUUUCAUAUUUUUUGUUAUUGGAUGUGGCUUCAAUCCUAUUCGAGUUUUAGUUGAACAUUUGAAAAACGAAACACAGCUUCAUUGUGGACGGGUUA